AUGCAUGCUUUGCACAAGUUUGUGCUUUUUCAUCUCCUGAUGUAUCUUGGACUUCAGGCACUUGGGAGUGAUAUCAUAAAUGGUAAAAAGGUGAAUGAGAAGUCGAUGCUGUACAUGGCCUCGGUGCAGAACAACACAGGUCAUCAUGUGUGCGGAGGAUUCCUCAUCAAUGAAAACUUUGUGCUCACUGCUGCGCACUGUGGUGACUCGAAGCCUACGAGUGUCGUUCUUGGCACCCACGAUCUCAGGAUGGUUGAUGACUCAAUGAGAUACCGUGUAACGAGGUGCAAGCAUCCAUCUUAUGUCAGUGUCUUAAAAGGGGAUGACAUCAUGCUCCUCAAACUGUCUAAGAAAGCUCAACUGAAGAAACGAGUAAAACUGGUUCAACUUAUAAAGGCUGGGAAGAAAAUAAAAGAAAAAGAAAAGUGCCAUGUGGCUGGAUGGGGUUUCACAAAAACCCGUGGUAAAGUUGAUAAUGUGCUGCAAGACGUGGAUGUGCCUAUCAUUAACCUGGAGGUCUGUAAGAAAGAAUGGGCUCAGCCUCCAGUUGGAGUAAAUCUCCCUGCCAAUGUUAUCUGUGCUGGUGGAAAUGACACAAAAAAAGGAUUCUGUCAGGGUGAUUCUGGUGGUCCUCUGGUGUGCGACGGGAAGGCUGUUGGUGUCGUGUCUUUCAACAUGAGAGGAGACUGUGAUUACCCAAAUAUUCCCAAUGUCUAUACAGAUAUAUCAAAAUACCUUCCCUGGAUCAACAAGAUUCUCAAGCAAAAGAAAUGUUGA